UACAACUAAACAGUACGUAAUACCUAUAUAUCUGUCGGGUUACUUAACGAUCUCUUUCUGGUCGACAUCGUAUAGCAAAGAUGGCAGACUUUGAUGAUGGAGCUGAAGAGGCGCCAGCCACCCCUGCGCCAGUGAUUGAGGCUGCCCCAGAACUGCCAGAGAUCAAAUUGUUUGGCAAAUGGUCUCUGGAUGAUGUGCAGCUUAGUGAUAUGUCUCUGCAGGAUUAUAUUGCUGUGAAGAAGUACUAUGCUAAAUAUUUGCCACAUUCAGCUGGAAGGUAUGCUGCGAAGCGAUUCCGCAAAGCCCAGUGCCCAAUUGUUGAGAGGUUGACUAACUCUCUUAUGAUGCACGGUCGUAACAAUGGCAAGAAGCUCCUUGCAGUACGAAUUGUGAAGCACUCCUUUGAAAUCAUUCACCUUCUUACUGGUGAGAAUCCAGUCCAGGUUGUUGUCAAUGCCAUCAUCAACUCAGGACCCCGAGAAGACUCCACACGUAUUGGUCGUGCUGGUACAGUAAGAAGGCAGGCUGUUGAUGUGUCUCCUCUUCGUCGUGUUAACCAGGCUAUCUGGUUGUUGACUACUGGUGCACGUGAAGCUGCAUUCCGUAACAUCAAGACCAUUGCUGAAUGCUUAGCUGAUGAGUUGAUUAAUGCUGCUAAGGGAUCAUCCAACAGCUACGCCAUCAAGAAGAAGGAUGAACUUGAACGUGUUGCCAAGUCCAACCGUUAAAAUAAAUACCUUAUUCUCGUAC